AUGAAUACACCAGUUAUUUCUUCGUGGUCAGUAUACCAUGCUCCUGCAGGAGAUUUUGAUGACAUGGCCGCGCCACCCUCACGUUUCCUUAACGUGUGUAGUGAUUUUGCAAUGACGCCGUCGUUUGGUACAUUCGGUCAAGAUCUUAAUAUAUUUGAUGACAGUGUUCAAAAACUUUCACAAUCUGAAACGAUGGUUUGCCAUGAAACGCAAAAAAAAGACGAUUACUAUGUCAACGCUGCGCACUUUGACAGCUUAGCACCUAAUAAUCCGAUUUUAAUCGUUAAUAACCCGACCGCUACUACAAUUCCUGCGCCGAGUCCCAUCGUUUCUUCUUACUCUCCUCAUACGUCAAAUGUCAGAAAAAAUCCUUUGAUGACUACACCGACAGUUGUAUCAAUCCACUCCCCUACUCCAAGUUUGGUAACUGAUGAUGACCAAGAUCAUCAUCAUCAAGAAGUUUUAUGUCGAGAUAUCCAAAAACAUGCUCAGAAUGAAUUAGUAUUUCAAUCUCGAUCUCCAAGAACUGUUCAAAAUGGUCACAAAAAUGAUAAAAAUGGGUUAAACGGUCAAGAAUCGCUUAAACAUCCAUCUCCGAAUGACAUUUAUGGCAUUUCUACAAAGAAGCUUGGCGAGCAUUUAUCACCGGUUAAAUCAGACGACGCUAGUGCUGUCGAUGAACUGAACUCCACUCAACCCACACCGCCUCCCUCCCAUCAAACAACACCGACUCAGAAAAAACGUCGUGUUAAUAAAAAAACUGCUAUGAAUAUUACUGUAGUUCAAAAUACGACAAAUAAUACGUUAACCUCACCAAUUGAGGAGCCAACCAUGUCUCAA